AUGUCCUACACCAACAAAACAGCCCUCAUCAUCGGCGGCAGCCACGGCAUCGGCCUCUCAACGGCCCAGCUCCUCGUGUCCCAAGGAGCCAAAGUCCUCGUCACCGGCCGCAGCCCAGACCCCAUCCGCUCCGCGCAAGCCCAGCUCGGCCCCGACGCCAAAGUCGUCGCCUGCGACAUCACCUCUGUAAGCGCUAUCAGCGCCCUAUUUGAUACAGCCUCGUCCUUCUUCGGCGAAGGCCGCACCAUUGACCUGCUCUUCGUCAACGCUGGGUACGCCGCCCUCGAGCCCUUCGCGGACGUGUCGGAGGCCUCCUUCCGGCGCACCUUCGACACAAACGUCUUCGGCGCGUUCUUCGUCGCGCAGAAGCUCGCGCCGAUGGUUAGGCCCGGCGGCGCAAUCGUGUUUACCACCUCCGUCGCGAAUCAGAUGGGGAUCCCCGGGAUGAGCGUGUACGCUGCCUCCAAGGCGGCGGUGCACUCGUUUGUCCAGACGCUGGCGGCGGAGUUGGUGGGUGUGCAGGUGCGUGUGAAUGCUGUGUCGCCAGGUUUCGUGAAGACGCCGACGAUGGGGGUUGUGGGGGCAUCGAAGGAGGAGUUGGUGGAGUUUGAGGGGCAGGGGGCGAAGGGGACGCCCAUGGGGAGGAUUGCGGACCCGGCGGAAGUGGCUAGGGCCGUGGUGUUUUUAGGUUUUGAGGCGACGUUCACCACGGGGGAGCAGGUUGUUGUUGAUGGCGGGUUGGCUACGUUGCGACUGCACUGA